AUGAAAACAAAUAUAAAAAUUAAAGAUGAACCUAACGAAAUUCAGACUUAUUCUUCAACGAAAGUUAAAGAAUCACUUCAUCUGUAUGAUUGUAAUCAAAUAAAAAACUUAAAAACUACUUCAACGAAUGAUUCCAUGACAAAUUUGUUAGUUAAUCAAGAACAAGAAUCAUCAAUAUGUACUUGGUGUCAAAAAUUAGGUAGAAAAUCUUUUAUGUUCAAUAAUGAUAAUGAUGAUACGAAAAUAUUAUGUAGUGAAGUUUGUUUUAAUCAAUAUCGUCGUGCUUCAUUUAAAAAAAAUAAAGAUAAAAAGUCAUUAAAAACUCAUCAAACAAUUAAAAUCAAAUCUACAAAUUUUGCAAUAUCAGAGAAAAUAUCAAAACCGAAAAUAAGUGACAAUAAACAUAAUCAUCAACAAAAACUUUUGUCAUCCAGGAAAUCAAAAAUACAUAAGAAUGAAAUAUCUCGAAAGUUCUCUCCUUUACCAUCAUUAAAACGACAUCGAUCAUCGUCUUCUUCAAAUGAAACAAUGCCAAUUAAUCGUCUCAGAAAUUUCACUUGUUCAUCUUCUCGUUUCUCUCCACCAGUUCCCAUUGGUUUUAAUCAUUUUCAAUAUCCAUUCGCUACUAUUCCUUCUCUUCAACAACUAUCUCCGCCAUUACUUUUUAGACCAACAUCAUCAACUCUAUUUCCAAUGCUAACAAAAGACUUAUUAUCAAAUCAUACAUGUAUUCUACCAAGUUUUAUUCCAUUGGCUAUACCUAUUCCACUUUGUUUUCCUGUUCCUUCGCCAUGUAUUAAACCUUUAACUGAUUGUGCCAAUCAAGAAUGCAUAAUUGAAAUACGAAAUAAUAUUAAUUCUUUUUCAAUUAAUCAACAACACACAAGACGAAUAUCUAUUUAA